AUGUUACCAAGACACAACUGUGGGGUUAUGGACGGAACACAAACUCAGGGAAGACAUGACGCCCUUUCCUGGUUCACAGAGUUCCAACUGGACUGUGUCAUCAGUAAUGGGGUAGUUCCAGAAUGGUUCCAUGGCAUUAUUUCCAGGAAGUAAGUUCUCAAAUUGUGUCUCUGUCAUGUGCCAUUGGAAUACACUCCAAACAGUAGGACUUACUUUUUCCUGAUAAACAACAUAGAUGAGACCAAUGUGUGGCCUGUGGUGAAGGAUAUACUGUAUGCCUUAUGACUGUUGUUAUUGUCUUACAGUAGGGCACUAAAUGGUUGUGUUCUGACUGCACGUUGUAAAUGUCUUCAGUCAAGUGAGUUCAAACCGAAGUCUGUUCUGACAUCGCUGUGUUUAUUCGCCCCAGGGUUGCUGAGGAAAUGCUCCUUUCCAACCCCACAGGCUACUUCCUGAUCCGUGUCAGUGAAAGCAGGAUAGGAUACACUCUCUCCUAUCGGUAAGCCUCUGUGCUUUGUACAUGAGAUAGACACUUCCAGGUGAGGCAUCAUUAGAUUGGUUGUUUGUUCAGCUGAUACAUGAAGAAUGGCAUUUUAUAUGAUGGCAUUUCUUUAAACCGGCAGGCAAAGAAAUGUUAACAAUGAGCUUAUUGGUUGUGUUCUGUUUCCAUAGAUUUUAACGUAUCUUAUUCUACACCAAUGCCACAUACUACCCUCUCUGAAAUGAAGUGCCCGCCCUUGUUCUAUUCAACAGUGUAGUUCAAAGUCCGUCUGCACUUCCUCAUUUCAUUUUUUCUCUGUAUGUCUAGUGCCACUGAUCGGUGCAGGCACUUCAUGAUCGAUGUGCUGAAGGACAAUCACUACAUUAUUGUAGGAGAGGACAUGCAUCACAGCUCACUGCAAGACCUGGUGAACUUUCACCGCAGGGUGCCCAUCAUGCCUUUCAAUGAGCUGCUGACUGUAGCUUGUGGACAGGUGAGGAACUAUACUUGAUUCAGUAAACUACAAACUACCAUAUUGUUUAUUUUGUAUACACACAGGUACCCUAUAGGCUUGAAUUGAGUUGGUUUGAUAUAGCAUAAACACACAGUGGUCAGGGUACGGCACACUGUGCUGCAUUUCUGUACACUGUUGUGGAUACAUAAGUGAAUUGACGUGUGUUUGACUAAACAUUCUUCCCCUUCAUCUACUUCAUGUUGUAGGUAUCCAAGGACAAGGCUGAUUAUGCAGAACUGUUAUUCCCCAAAAGACAAGCCAUGAACCCUAAUCAUGGCGUGUUGCCAAACAACCCCCCACACAUGAACAGUAGUACUCAUCUAAAACCAGCUGAGGACAUUCCACCUGCCCUCCCACAUCGUCCCAGCACAUUGAGUGACCCUGCCGGCCCACCUCCAAACACUAGCAAACCACCUGUAACUCCAAACACCCCUUUUCCAAGACUCUACCCCUGCCUGGAGUCCGAGUUAAACACAUUGAGCUUCCAAACCCCAAGCAUGGUAAAGACGCUGGACUAGCAUAGUGUUUACAGUAUGUGUUUGUUGGGGAUAGGGCUAAAGCUUUAUUUUCAUACUCUGAAUGGUGAGAUAAUACUAUUGCAAAUGUGUUGUAGGCCUACAUUUCCAUAAUAUUGUUGUUAUCUAACUUUGGGUCUUAAAAACUAAUUUCCUACAUAUUUCUCUGUAGGUUAAGCGAACUAAGGUUAGACUGUACUCUAAAACGGCAUCUAUUAUUUUCAUUCCAGGUAGAUCGUACUGCUAAACCAGUGCCAUUGCCCAGGAAGAUACAAGUAGUCACCACGGACCAGCCAGACCAACCUCCUGAAUUACCUGCCAGAGGCCCUGCUCUACCACAGAGAAAGGACAGGGACCAGAGCAGCACUGCAUCUAAAGGUCCCCCAGCACCCAGGAUUGUAUGUACACACAGACCACAGACCCAACCAAACACACACCACCAGGACCCAAACUCCAACCAACAGAAGAAUCAAGACGUAAAGUCAGCGAUCAGCAACCUGACCCACUUCAAGAGGAAGUUCCAUAAGAAGAGAAGUGCAUCUCAGGAGCACAUGUAUGCAGAGAUUAGUGUGGAGGAUGAGCAGGGGCAAGACCAGCGGAAACUCACAGCUCUGGAGGCUAGAGUGAGGGAUAUUGAUACAGCUGCUGAGAACGGGUACCAGAUGGUUCCAGGAGAAAUUGACAAUGGCCUUCCACCCAUCACCGCUGUCACCACUGUUAGACCCACGGACAGUGGGUUACCGACAGAGUAUCUGCCCCCUCCUCCUUUUGCCCCUGGAUACUAAUGUCCACUUCUCUACCCUCAGGAUGGAUGGCAGGGUGGCCAAACGGACACAUGAAUUAUGAGAGAUAGAUAUCUGUUGAAGGCACUGAUGAGUUAAAGUUUAAGUCUGAAGAUGUUAUUAUUUAACUGGAUAUAUCUAGAAUCUCUUUUACAACUUAACAUUGAGAGCUAUUUAUGUCUGCAACCAGCUCUGGUUAGUGGUUAGACAAUGUCCAAUGCUUUACAGUGCUGUGUAUGGUCAACAAUUUCAUAUCAAAUGUGAAAAUACCUUUUUCUUUCAUUUUAUGUGAGGAAUUAUGUUAGACAUCUAUGUAUUAUUUCCAUUAAAAUAACAUCAUGCCAAAUACCUGUUUCACUUGUCCAUCCAGGCGUGUGAUACAACUGCAAGAGAUGGUAGUCAAAUGCUGAUAUGUUAUCAACAAUGUAAUAGGGAAGUGUGCUCUCAGAGAUAUGUGCUGAUCUAACUGGUUUGACCAGAUGAAUUUGAGUGGGUCAAUCGGGAGACUCGGGUGCAGUGGUGUAAAGUACUUAAGU